UCGUCCGCGGACCACUUGUACAAAGUACUCCGUCGUCGUAUAAUAUUUUGACACUAAACUCGUGGCUAUCUGAAACCACCGCCGCCGCGCAGCCAGAGACGCACCGCCGCGUCGUCGUCGUUUGAGAUAAUGGAGCAACCAGGCUAUUAAAGUGCAGUUUUUUGUUGUCUUAUCAAGCUGGUUGUUAUCACCCCCUUCGAAAGCUGGACCCACUCCGUCGUUGUUGGAGCAAAUUAUUCGGCUUAGUACGAAAUAUACUCGGGAAAACAUUGAUUGAUCGGGCAGCCAGCCAUCGCGAUUGAUUGAUGGGGUGGUGGAAUUAAAUCCUACAUAUGUGUGCUGAAAGAGAUGGGGGAUAGUGAGGACUAAAAAAACAACCUAUUAGCGGGGACCGCGGUCAUUGUGCGAUGAUUCGAGCAAAAUCAGUCCAAAAUCAAUUACCGCCGGGAGAUGAAUACGCGGUGUGCUUGCUAAUCAAUCGUCACUGCUGCUGGUGGUGUGAAAAUCCCCUUCCGGAAGCUGGAUUAAAAUCGAAACGACACAGAGGUAGCAUAACGUGGCAAAUUAAAGUUAAUGCGUUGCUCGUGAUUGUAUCCGCGAUAAUCUGGACGAACCUUAAAAAUCUGUAGUAUAUUGAUCAUUAGCUUCCGCUGACACGCUGCUGCAGAAGCACUCAUCUGCCACAAACCCAGCAGAGAAUCCACCGGAUCCGAAUCGUAAAGUUUUUCUUUCAACGGAAAUCUAGGUCAUCCCGAUCAGAUGAUUAUCCGGUGGGCACUGUUGCUACUGGCAGCAGCAGCAGCGACGACGACGACGAUGACGGUCCACGCGGCUCCCAGGAGUAGUGACAACUUCCAGCUAAUCAUCCUCCACAAUAACGAUAUGCACGCGCGUUUCGAGCAAACGGGCGCCUACGGAAACGACUGCCAGCCGGCGGAUGUGGCCAGCAAUCGGUGCUACGGAGGAUUCGCACGAGUGGCGCACAAAGUUCGGGAAUACCGUUCGCAGGAGGCAGCCGGGGGACUUCCGGUUCUGUACCUGAACGCCGGUGACACCUACACAGGCACGCCGUGGUUUGCCGUCUACAAGGACAACAUCACCGCUUCAUUCCUAAACAUCCUCAAACCAGAUGCCAUCUCCCUCGGCAAUCACGAGUUCGACAACGGCGUCGAAGGGCUGGUCCCGUUCCUGAACGAAGUGGAGUUCCCGGUACUGACCGCCAAUCUGGAUCUCUCCCGAACGCCAUCGAUGCGGGAGGCCAAAUCGCUGCUCCCGUCGACGGUGUUCACCAAGGGUGGCGUCAAGAUCGGUGUCAUCGGCUACCUGACGCCGGAGACGAAACAGCUCACCGUGCCCACUACGGUGGACUUUACCGAUGAGAUCGUCGCCAUUAACAAGGAAGCAGAAACCCUCAAAGCCCAAGGGGUGAAGAUCCUGAUCGCGUUGGGUCACAGCGGUUUAGAGAGGGAUCGAGAGAUUGCAGCUAGCUGCCCGGAUAUUGAUAUCGUUAUUGGAGGACAUUCGCACACAUUCCUCUUCUCCGGUACGAUACCAGAUAUUGAUCCAUCGGAAGGUCCCUAUCCGGUUAUGGUGAAGAACCCUGCUAGUCGAGAGGUACCCGUAGUUCAAGCUUAUGCCUACACGAAGUAUCUGGGUUACAUGAAGGUUGAAUUCGAUGCCGAUGGAAACCUAGUGUCGUUCGACGGCAAACCAAUUCUGCUGAACGGAGCCGUCGAUCGAGACUCGGAUGUUCUACAGCUGUUGGACGUAUACCGACCGGGUAUUCUGGAGCUGGAGGAAGUCAUUGGACAGACGAGAGUGCUUCUGGAUGCCACCCGGUGUCGGUUCGAGGAGUGCAACAUUGGAAACAUGAUUGCGGAUUCAAUGGUGAUGACCUACACCAUGUCACGUGAUGACUCCAGUCAAUACUGGACCGAUGCUGCCAUCGCCUUUGUCCAGGGUGGAGGAAUACGGGCGUCGAUUGAGGUUGGACAGGAUGGAAACAUCACCAAAAAGGAUUUGAAGACGGUUCUGCCGUUUGGAAACGCGAUCAUCCUCGCUGAGGUCACCGGAGAGACGAUCAGACUGAUGUUGGAGCGAAGCGUUUACCGAUACGAUGGUAAGAGUGGUUAUGGUGAAUUUCUGCAGAUGGCUGGAGUGCACGUGACCUACGACUUGAGUAAACCGCCAGGCCAACGGGUGUCUUCCGUAGAAGCACGAUGCGCUCGGUGUACAACUCCCUCCUUCGCACCCCUGUACGACUACGACCGGUACAAGAUCAUCAUUAGUCAGUUCAUAUGGGAGGGAGGCGAUGGAUACGAUAUGUUCAGUGGUCGUAACUUCCAAGUCCUAGAAUGGGGAGAGUACGAGAUGACCGAGCAGUAUCUGAGAAACUUUUCACCCAUCUAUCCGGCUAUCGAGUGGCGAAUUACGCUGAAUGGAGAAGUCAAUCCGGACCAUAUGACUACGGAGCCGGAAACGCCCACAACGACAGUGGCGGGAAGCACCACCGAGGAUGAUGAUGGUGCCGCUGGAAGUCUUAAAGCGACAACGGCGACCGUCGUGGUACUAGCAUUUGUUUGUUUGUUACAAAGAGUUUUAAUGUGAUAAAGGAUAGUGAGAAUUUGAAUGUGUUUCAGCUCAGGUUAAACAAAGUUGCACUUGCUGUGAAAGUAUUCCUAUAGGACUAAGUACAAAAAUGCCUGGUAAUUU